GCGGAGGCCCGGCGGGGCGCAGGGCGGGGGCGGCCAUGGCGCUGCAGUUCGGCGGCGCGGGCGCGGCGGGCGCGGCGGAGGAGCCGGCCCUGGUCGGGGGCAGUUUCGGGGCGGCGGACGCGUUCCCCAAGGACUUCGGCUACGGGGAGGAGGAAGAGGAGGCGGAGCUGGACGGCGGCCCGGGCUCCGGAGGCCCUGGCGGCGGCGGCGGAGCGGGAGGGCCCGGCGGAGGGGCGGGCGGGGCGGACUCCAAGCCGCGGAUCCUGCUGAUGGGGCUGCGGCGCAGCGGGAAGUCCUCCAUCCAGAAGGUGGUGUUUCACAAAAUGUCUCCCAACGAGACCCUGUUCUUGGAAAGCACCAACAAGAUCUAUAAGGAUGAUAUUUCCAACAGUUCGUUUGUGAAUUUCCAGAUCUGGGAUUUUCCUGGACAGAUGGACUUUUUUGAUCCAACGUUUGAUUAUGAGAUGAUCUUCAGAGGAACAGGUGCUCUAAUAUAUGUUAUUGAUGCUCAGGAUGACUAUAUGGAAGCUUUAACAAGACUCCACAUCACAGUUUCAAAAGCCUACAAGGUCAACCCUGAAAUGAACUUUGAAGUUUUUAUUCAUAAAGUUGAUGGUUUAUCGGAUGACCAUAAAAUAGAAACUCAGCGGGACAUUCAUCAGAGGGCUAACGAUGACCUUACAGAUGCGGGGCUUGAAAAACUUCACCUUAGCUUUUAUUUGACCAGUAUCUAUGACCAUUCAAUAUUUGAAGCCUUCAGUAAAGUGGUUCAGAAGCUCAUUCCGCAACUGCCAACACUGGAAAAUCUACUAAAUAUCUUUAUAUCAAAUUCAGGCAUUGAAAAAGCUUUUCUCUUCGAUGUAGUCAGCAAAAUCUACAUCGCAACAGACAGUUCCCCCGUGGACAUGCAGUCAUAUGAGUUGUGCUGUGACAUGAUUGAUGUAGUGAUAGAUGUUUCCUGUAUAUAUGGGUUAAAAGAAGAUGGUACUGGAAGUGCUUAUGAUAAGGAGUCAAUGGCAAUUAUCAAGCUCAAUAACACAACGGUCUUGUACUUAAAGGAAGUAACAAAGUUUUUGGCAUUAGUUUGCAUUCUUAGAGAAGAAAGUUUUGAGCGCAAAGGUCUGAUAGACUACAAUUUCCAUUGCUUCCGCAAAGCCAUUCAUGAGGUCUUUGAAGUAGGUGUUGCCUCCCACAGAAUCUGCAACCAUCAAGCAAGCACCUCGAAUAUGAAAGCAGUGACUCACAAUGGCACGCCUAGGAAUGCAGUCUAGAGGGAAACUAAAGACAUUGGAUAGACUUGUCAGCUCUUCAGUCCAAAGAUUUGUGGAACAAGAGAAGAGUAGUCUGAAAGCCUGAAGUAUGUUUCACAGGAGAAGAGCGGCGCUAACUGUGGCACAGCAGCUUGUAACUCACGUCCGACAACUGAAACUACUGUAAAAAUACUUUGAGGCCAGUGGAGUUAGAAAUGUCAGUUUGAAACCACCUUUAUUGCAAGUGCAGUGGUAUUUCAGUUUGGAGUCCUGUUUUAACAGUCUGCCUAUGACUGACUGCCCGGUCAAAACUUACAAAUGAGAGAGUUGAGUUUAAUGUGAAACACCAAAUGGUCACUUGCUCAACGUUUUUUAAAUUAUCCUGUAGAAUGUCCAGUUUCGCUUAAGUUUAACCUCCUUAUCAUGCAAAACAUUGGUGUUAAUACUUAAGCUUGUGAAAAUCACGCUUUCUGUUUUGUGAGGCUGGUCUCACAAAUCAUUCCAUAAAAUUCUUGCUUUCCCCGGUUUGCUCAGAGUAUCCUUGUGAAUUCUGUACUUGUUAAGUGGACACAAGGUAGAGCUCUGUUCUAGUGACUCGAUGUUUUCUUGGAGAACUGAGCUGGAGUUUUGUUUUGAGAGAUCAUGAUACUUUGCUUUCAGACAACACUUCUUGUUAUGCCCGCUUUGAUGGAAGGGAAGUGUUAAAACCCAGGAAUAAACUACCUGCUCUUUUUUGCUAAAACAUGGAUGUCAUAAAUCAGUGUGAUUAAUCCUAUUCACAAAACAAUUGCAUGGCUAACUAAACUGAAAUGUCUGCCAUCUGUUGGAACAUAGCAACCAGUUUCAGCCAUUUCCAAACGAAGAAAUGAUCAUAUUACUGGCUUGUGAUGGUAGAUCUCUCCUUACCCUCUGACUGAUAAUCAAGACAAUUUUUAGGAAACUAUCUGAAGGUGUUAUCCUUGAAUGGUAAUUAAAUAUUGGAGUGCCACAACCUAAUAAUAAUAAUAAUGGACAUUUGAAGCGUGUUGAUUCUGUAUUGUGGCAAACAGCUUCUUGUUUGUUGCCAUGCAAUCUGAAUAGAAUUGCGUGUAUUCUGAUUUUGUGAAUGCUGGCCGUCAUAUUAUGGGAAGUGUAUCUGAAUAGUUUUCAUCUAAUUUAUUGGUAAUAUUGCUGCAGAUGUCAUAUUGUACAUCGGCCUUGUUAUGCAGUAAGCUCAGCUAUUGGCCCAUAAAGAUCUUGCCACUCUUUGCCUAUCCCUAUGUGUGUAUAGGUGUUCCGAAGCCACUGGACCAAUUGACUAUACAAGUGCCACUCUAAAGGUUUCUACAAGAAGGUCUGUAACUGUAAACGAUCUCUGUGACUGAUGUAUUUAUGUGGUCAGACAUAACCACAAGAUUGCUUAUGUGCUUAUAGAAUUGAUUUUUAUUGAACUAUGUAAAAAUUAACAUUCAUGCAUUUACAUUAGGGUGUAUGCACAUACUAUGUAAAUGUUUCUCCUUUGAUUUACAGCUGUUGUAUGAUACUCUAUACAUAAAGGAUCUGCUCCAAAAGUUACUCAAGUCAGUAGGAGACUUGGGAAUUCAAAUGCUUUAGUUCUGGUCUCUGUUGGCAGUUGUCAUUCUGAACCUAGGCUUAGCCCCUUUCUGGUAAUGGAACUGCAGGGUUGUUUUUUUAAGGAUAUGCUGUGGGCUUGUAAGAUUGGGUUUUUGUGGCUUGCAAGCUCUGUGACAGUGUUCAGGUACUCAAGGUGAGAGGAGAAUAGGCAAUAUCACAGGAAGUAACAAGUCAUUCCCAUUUUUGUAGUGAGUUUUCCACGUUCAGAGUAUGUGUUCCUCUCUGUCUUCAUUCUACAUGAUUCUGUGCUAAUAAAAUGAAGAAAGAUCAAACCAUGGCACUAUUGUUUCUGUUGGAGGGUGAGACACUUCAACAAAAGUCUAAUAAAAUGGGCCUAUAUGAUUAAGCAAA